CGCGCCGAACCCCCGACCCGCCGUGGAGUGGCGAGGAGGCUGCGUCCCGGGAUGGCGCGCCAGGUGUCCAUCACCUUCAAGGACCUGGCCGUGCGGUUCUCGGACGAAGAGUGGCGGCUCCUGGAGGAGGUCCAGAGGGAGUUCUACCGCGACGUGAUGCGCGAGAACUACGAGACGCUGGUGUCCGUGGGGACAGCUGAGCUGCUUCCUCUCUCUGCCUUCCUGUCCCCUGCGGAGCAGAGAGGAGCCGUGGGGGAAGGGAGCCGCCUGGAGGAGGACCAGGAGCCUCCUGGUGGAGGAGGCCCCCAGGGGGCACAGCCACGGCACAGCCUUCACCUCUCAGCCCUGGUGCGGCUGGUCAGGGAGAUCCCAGAGUUUUUGUUCCGGGACACUGGGGACAUGGUGGACAGCCCUGACAGUGACAGUGGGGGAGCCAGCCUGGACAGGGAGCGGGCCAGCCCUAAGGGCCUGCUCAGCUGCCUCCCGGACGUCCCUGCCAGCCCGCCCAGCCUGGCCACCACGCCCACUACGCCCAGCAGCAGCUUGUGCUCCAGUGGCCCGCCCGGAGAUGUGGGGCAGGGGAGCCCCCUCCCCAGCAGAGCUGCCGACAUGCCAUGGCUGACAGGGAAGGGAGGCGUGGGAGCCCCAGCUGGGGAGCCCAGCUCUCCCCCCAGCAGCCCUGGCAGGAGGAAGAGCCCCAGAAGACAAGAGAGGGAGACCAUGGGGGCAGGCGUCUCUCCUGGGAACAGCCCCUUGCAAAGCCUCAUCAACUGUCUGGAAGAGCUCCUGGUACCGGGGCCACCGCGCCUGCGGGCCUCGCCGAGCUCGCUGCCUGUUCUCCCUGGCCUGGGCGCGCCGCCGCUGAGCAGAGUGGAGCUGGGGCCUGGGUACACGCCCCGGGAAGGUGAGGCCCUGGGCCCAGGUUUCCCAGGUGGCCUCAAGGACAGCCUGUGGGACAGUCGGCCCAGCCCUUCAGGAGCAGGGGACCCACGGCUGCAGGAGGACCCAGGGGACUGGACAAGGAACCCUGGAGGGCACGGACGCCUACAGGCCCCUUCUCCCCACCCGGGUCCUGCCGCUGGCAGUGUCCUGUCGGCAGUGAAGGCGGAGGACAGCUGGACCCAGAGCUCCCCUGGGCCCACAUCCCGUCAGCUCGGCCAGCAGCCCCAUAGCCCCUCUGCUCCUGGAAACGCCAGAGGGCUCUGCGUGCCCAGCUGGGGCCCCACCACUCAAGCCAGCAGUGCCUCGAGCUCACCCCUGGAAGCUCUGGAGGCCUGUCUGAAGGGCAUUGCUCCAAGUGGGGUGCCCACUCCCCAGCUGUCGGCCCCCUCUUGGUCCUGGAGCCCCCGGCUGGGAGACCUUAGGUCCCACAGGCCUGAGCUGCAGCCCCGUGGAUCACACAGUGAAGCGGCGACCAGGGAGGCGCUUCUGCCUCCGGGCCCCACCCGGCCACCCUGCCCCCGAGGCACCCCCACCAGCUUCUCACCCAGCAGCACGGAUGACGCGGACCUGGAUUUUGGGAGCCCUGAGGGCAGCCAGGGGCAGCAGACUGGGAAAGGAAGCUCAGUGGGCAGCUCCCCGCUGCAGGGCCUGGAGAACUGCCUCAAAGAGAUCUCCAUGCCCAGGCCACGGACCCCCUGGGCCUGCUCCUCAGCUGCAGCCAGGACACCAAGGAGAGUAGAAUCCGGGGACUGUAUGGCAGACAGGGAAGGACCACGGGGCGAGUCCAGCGAGCCAGCCUAUCUUGGACAGGGUGAGGGAGAAGGGCGCACCAGACACCCCCACACAUUCUCCUCCAGCCAUGUCCCCACCUGCCCCCAGCGAGGACUCAGCGACCAUGGGGCCAUCAGACCAGGAGCAUGGAGGUGGCACCAAGAUGGGGCAGCUACCAGGCCCUCCCCACUGCACUGCCUGGAGAACUCGCUGAGAGGCAUCUUGCCGGUGAGGCCCUUGCACUUCGCCUGCUUGGCCAGCCCUGGCCCCAGCCCCAGCCCCAGCCCCAGCCCUGGCCCCUGCUCCAGCUCAAGCCUCAGCAGUUCGGAAGGAGAAGACCUGGGCCCCAGGAGAACGGAGCCUGGGCGCUACAGCGACCUCAGCACAGUGGCCCCAGGGGGUCCCCGCCCUGGCCCUCAGCUACAGGAACAGCCUGGACCCAGGUUUACUGAGGAGUCCAGGAACCCGCAGCCCGAACAUGGAAAGCUGAGCAUUGCAGCCAGAACCCACGGGAGGCUGCUUCCCCGGGGCCUGCCACAGCCUCCCACUGCAUCGCCCCCGCCCCCGCCCCCCCCCCCGCAGGCCCCCCCCCCCCCAGCAGCUGCCUCUCCUGCUCUGCAAGCCGCCUCCCCGCGACCGCCAUGCCCCUGUGGGAAGCCGCUGCAGCAGGAGCUGCACGGGCUGGGCGCUGCCCUCACAGAGAAGCUCGAUGGGCUGGCCGCAGCCCUGGCAGGCCUGGUUCAGGAGGUUGCCACCAUGAGAAGCCAGGUGGAUCGGCUGGGGAGGUGUCCGCGGCACCCUGGGCCAAAGUGCCAGGCUUCCUGGCCAUGGCCCCUCCCCCGGGGUCCUCGCUGGACUAAUGGCCCUGGUCACAGACACCUGCCGUACUGGAGACAGAAGGGCCCCAUCAGGCCUAAACCAAAGGUCCUGCGGGGCCAGGCGGAGGGCCGCAGGGCUGGCGACCCCCCCAGACUCUCCAGAGGAAGUGUCCGCCUGGUGCCCCAGCCGCCGCCACUCACUCCCCCAGCAGAACCAUCUGGGCCCAGCUGCAGCCACCCCCUGGAGCCCCUCUCAGCACACGGCUGCCAUGCUGUGCCGACCGGUCACCCCAUCCUCAGACAUGCAGGGGGCCGCCAGAGCCCCCUCUCCCCCUCAGUGCCUGCUGCCUUACCCCCCCAGGUGGCCUUUCUCCCUGCCACUGGUGCAGACGCAGGAGCAGCCCCACUCGGGGACCCCAGCCAGCCCAAGGAGCCGAGCAGCCUGCCGCCGGCCCAGGGAGCCCCCCAGGAGGACCUCUGGGGAGGAGAGCACAGGGACCCAAGGGGGGCCCACUGGCCACGCCCUUCAACUCAGCCUUGCCAAGGCUGCAGGAGUGGCCCAGGUGCCCCCGCACCCCACCCCAGGUCACCUUCUCCCAGGGGCUGCCUCCCCUGACCUUCCCCACUGCCGAGUCCUACCUUCACUCGGCUGCUCCAGACCCAGUAGAGUCUGGUCAGGAGGUCGCGGGUGGGUGCAUUUCUCAACCAGGCCUCUGGCAGUCUUGGCCAGACUCAAGUGUCGCCUCCCCUCCUAUCCUCCCCACUGGAACCCCAGAAUUGCAGGGGGUGGUGUGGGCACACGCAUGUGUGCACGGGGUGCUCUCCGGACACAGAGGCGGGAGAACAUGACUUUCUGCCCGCCUGCUGUUUCGAUCACACAGUGCCGGCCGCGCCCUCACCUUCCUAGAGCACAGGUCGGCUCCAGAAUCACUGGGGGAAGCUCGGCCCUGAUCGAAGCUGGCAUGUGCCUCCCCUCCCAGAUGCCCUUGAGACAAUCCAGCAGUGUGCUGCAGGCGGAGCAGUGACCACUGCGGACAGCUGCACACAGCGUUCGCCUCAGGGCUGCAGAUUUAAGUGCCACUAAGUGCCCCUCCCUGGAGAGCUCACAGCAGACCAGAGUCCUGUGUGCUGCAGGGGGCGGGGAGAGCAUCCCCCAGCGGGGCGUGGUUACACUGUGGCCUCCAUUUCUCUGUGCUGUCAGAGGUCUGGGCACACACACCUGCUCCCAGAGGGUUUCGAGCUGCUGGGGCCAGUUGGCCGUGUGGGAGCUGGCUCCCUGUGCACCAGCCUUAACCACCAUGCCCUGGGGCCAGCUCUGCAGGAGGCCGAGGCCAAGGUCAGGGUGUGGUCAGGGCAGUUCCGGACUCUGAGGGUAUGUCCCAGGCCUCCUCCGUCGGUGGUGGGUGGCUCUUGUGUGCUUGUGGCAUCUCCUGUGCGUCCAUCCCAGUCUCCCCUUUGUAUCAAAGCUCGGUUGUGUUGUUGU